CAGUUCCAUGGGGGCGCGGGGGGGGGGCGAAGGAGAACAAGCCUUACUUUCCUUCCACCGUUUUAGGCCGUUUGCCCAGUCGAACUACGCCUGGUUUCUAAAUAUACAGUAUUCGCUUAGGAUAUGGCUAGUUGUGCAAAGAGGUGGGCGUUGGAAGAUUGAUCUUGCUUUUCCUGCAAGAAGGGGCGUUUUGUUUGACUGAUCUUCCGCAAAAGAACCGGAGCGGCGCAGGUGCGUACGGGUGGCUCCUACAGGGCACGGCGGGCAGGCGGGUUCUUCAGUUCGCCGCUUACGCUUGGAAGGGCGAGCUGCGAUGCUGCUUAAAGAGAGCGUGUCUUAACUCGGUGGAAAUGUCCCCAGCGCUGCUCCUCCGACUAAAUCCAGCAUAUUGUUCGUUUGACUCUAAUAAACAUGCACAGGUCUCCGCCGGCAAAUUACAAGCGACCGGCGUGGAUUCAUUAAUUGGGCAGAGAACUGAGAAAUGAAGAACUUGGGAGGGGAAAGAAGGGCCAAUUAGUGCGCCAGCCUCCAGCCUCCUUCUGGCGGACGCCCAAAUCUCAAGGGGCGGGGCUGGCGAUGGCGAGCGCGGCUCCGCAGCUGUAUGGCGUCAGCCCGCCCCACCUCCCCGCUCCUCGCCAGGCGCAGCGGCGUGCUUUGUCGGGCUGAGCGCAGAGCUCGGAGCUGUGUGUCAAAGGAUAGAGAGCUGGCUUGGCCAAUCGCAUCACAAGACCUUGAGUGGCUGCCAAGUCUGCGAAGCGAACGGUAGUGGGGCGGUUGCACGGAAAGGGAGGGGGAUCGCCCUCUUGGGAGGGAAGACGAGCCCCGCGGAGGGGGGGGGGCGCUCUUCCCCCGUCGUCGGCGCGCCAACCUUAACACGCCCUUGCGGGCAGCGGUGGAACUCCUGUCCCACCAGUUGGCCCGACCGGAUUCGUUUCCAAAACCCGUGGUGUGACACCAGGCUCCUCGGAGGGAGAAAGAGGAGGAGUUGCGGGGCGUCCCAUUUGACUCGCAGAGGCCUUGAAGUUUCUCCUGCCCCCCUGCGAACUUCCCAAGCGACCCAGCAGGGGUGUGAAACGGCCUGCACAUCCCCACGCCGGCCUGUGUUUACUUGAGAACUUCCGAGCUGUGCGAGGACUUCGGGCAAAGAGGGAAAGAGCUGCUCUUUCUCUGCGCGUCACCUCUGCCAAGGGUUGCAGUUGUCUGACUACACCGCCCAUCUCCCCACACUAAAUGAUGUAAGACGACUGUGCUACAAUACUGAACCUAGAGAAGAUCGCUGUUCGUAGAUCUCUGGGUCUUUGCUAACUUUUGGAUUUAAAAGGACUAAUUCGUAAAUAUCCACAGGAUCGCACGUCAAUCCAGCCAAGUCCUGCCCUGUAGUUUUCUUUUCCACCGGCUUUCUGCGCUGUCUGGCUUAGCAGGUGCAACAGCCACGCUGUACUCUCGAGCGAGCCGCGUUUGUACUUUGCCAGUGGUUAACCUCAUGGGAGUUUCCUGAGCACAUGGCGUUAUUACAGCUCUUGUGGGAACCAAGCCGCCACUUAUAUUAAGUCUUUUGUAGGCUGAAGUGCAUUGUGCAAAAGUAAGUAAGCUUCACACGAUGUCUGCCCUAAAACAUUUUCUACCGAGAGAAGUAGCUACACACGCCGACACCAUACAUUGCAGCGCGUAUAGAGAACAGUGGUUUCUCUAUGCGAGUCAACAAGCUUUCAGCGCGUGCCUAGUACAGCAAGGACUGAACGGGGGGGAGGCCGCUCCGCGCAGCCUUCGUACGCGGUAACUACAUAGGCUUCCCACCUCUCGGAGGCACUUCGAGAAAAUUGGCGGCGCCCAAUGAGAGCGCGUAGACUGCAAAGGGCGGGGCUAAGCUGGGAGGGUGGGGAAUCGCUGGGUGGUGUUGCUGGGAGACCCCGGCCGGGUCAGUGUUCCGUCCCUCCCCGCUGUUAUCCCGGCAUUUAUAUAUGGGGCGUGUGCAGCUGCUGCGAAGUUCCAGCAGUCUAGAUAGCUGCAGCUUUGGUUGAGUCUGUCUUCUCCCACCUCUCUGGGAAACUGAUGAGAUUAAUUCCGAUCUCAAGCAGUUAGCCCUUUCCUAUUCAGUCGUGGCGCAUCCAAAGCUUCCGAGGAAAGUGGGAUCUUUCGGUCCUUCCUGCAUUUCCGACCAUUACAGGAUCUAGAAAUGUCUACAACACUUUUAUCUGCCUUCUACGACAUCGACUUCUUCUGCAAGACCGAAAAAUCCUUGAGCAGCAUGCUGGACAAGAAGGCAGUGGGGAGCCCUGUGGGCACUUCUCCCAGCUCCAACUUCACGCCGGGCUUUCUGCGAAGGCACUCGACCAGCAAUCUUCAGGCUCUGGCUAACGGCAACGUCAAGUUCCCGAAUGCCUCGCUGUCCGCGCCCUCUAACUUCGGGAGCCUGAAGGAGCCUGGCACCGGGGCAGGCGGCGGCAGUACCAGCAGCAGCAGCCCCACCACCGCCUUGCUGAACAAGGAAAACAAGUUCCGAGACAGGUCUCUCAGCGAGAAUGGCGAACGAAGCCAACACCUCAUGCAACAGCUGCAGCAGCAGCAGCAGCAAGUGGUGGUUGUGGCAGCGGCUUCGGCGGGAAAGGGCGGCGGCGGAAGUCAGGAGUUAUCCAAAUCUUUCCUCUGGGUGAUGAAUGAAUGA